CUCUUGAACCUACCGAUUUUUUCUCAUGCCUCGCUUGUCCACGAUCCGAUUAUACCAUACUGAUCGGUUUGGAUCUCCUACUACGCUUUUGAGAUAGUGUAACUUGGAAAUCUGAUUCGUUUAAAAGACUUCAUGGUUCUACAAAUUCAAACUAUCGACGACCCCGAAUAUGAUUUCAGCGAGGCAGAAGGUACGGCACAAACAAUUAUUGGGAAAGGACAGGUGGUUACCUUCAAAGACGCCUUCAUCUGGGAAUACAAGACCGGACAAAAAGACCCCAAACCGAUCAACGUAUACGGGAUUCAAACAGGAAAGACAACGGUACCAUCGGGGACAACGAUAUAUGUGGGCGGCAGUGGAGGUAAAGUCAACGUUGCCUAGGUCUUCGUUUGAAUAAUACAUCCCUGAUAAAAGUCCCCUCUCGCGUAUCCAUGGAUACGCAUAGCUGCGCCCCAUCGUUAGCAUCAUGGGAUAUGUUCAUCCAUACACAUUUAGUCUUGUCAUGGUGUUUCUGAAGUCUCCCAAGACUUCUGGUAUACAAUCCCGCAAGACCACUUCAGGCUUGGGUACUAUUUCAAUACCGUUAGCGACGAAGUACCGCAGUCCUGCAUGGAUCUCCAGACAGAUGCCAAACAGCUUCUGGGCAACCUCCUGCACUUUGUUGGACAUUAUUUCCACAGUCAGGUAGCAUCCAUAUCGCGUCGAGUAUGGGUCGUUUGGAAAGGACAUGGAAAUAGCCGCGACAUAAGCGCCGGUAUUGCACGGAUCAGGUGUUCUCUUCGUGACACGACAAAGGUAGGUUGGAAAUAAGCGUCGCAUGUUGUCGAGCGGUGCGUUCACAAACGUGUGUUCGGUGUCAUUCGGGGUGUCAUAAGCGGUAUCGUCCCCAGACCGCUGGUCAACAGGCUCAAGAGAUGGUUGAGCGGCGGAUCCGGGUCUUGUAGUUGUUUCUGAAGUGUCCGAAUCUUCCGAGUUUUCCGAGUUUUCGGGGUUGAUCUGAAGAGAUGUGCCUAGAGAUG